UUUUGCGCAUAAAGAAUUGUUUUCGUCUGAGAACUUCUCGAAGGUUCUUCUUUCCCGCGCAGAAACCAAUUGCGUUCGCCAUCGCUAUUCAUCGGAAAUUCGGAAUCGCUACUCAUCGGCUGGAUUCUUCGAUGGCCAUUCCGUCGGAGGCUACGGUUUCGAGUUGUUGCAGGAAGAGAAAGUUUCGAAGUAGAAAAGAUGCAGCUCUAUCAGUUGCUGAGACCCUUGCCAAGUGGGAAGAGCAUAACGCCCAGCUCGACUCUUGCAAUAAUGAGACUAAAUCAGCUCGUAAAGCUCCAGGUAUUGGGUCGAAGAAGGGAUGUAUGAAAGGAAAAGGAGGUCCUGAGAACUCAUCAUGUAAGUACAGAGGUGUUAGGCAGAGGACAUGGGGUAAAUGGGUUGCUGAAAUUCGUGAGCCAAAGGGAAAAAGGCUAUGGCUUGGUACUUUUGAAAAUGCUGUUGAUGCUGCCUUGUCUUAUGAUAAAGCUGCAAUGGCAAUGUACGGUUCUCGUGCUCGUCUCAACUUUCCGGAUUAUUGUUCAGCUACAACCUCAUCAAGCGUCUGUCUGACAGCAACUCCGUCACAUUCUGAUUCUGUCACUACAUCAAGCUAUUAUGAAGCCUUUGUAGCUGAGGAUAUAAGCGUGAGAAACGAGGAUGAAUGGAGAAGUAACACUUUACAUGCUGCAGUCACUGAAGCUGCCAUUCCAAGUAGUACGCUGCAGUCGGAAGCAAAGGAUGGGUGCUGUAACAUUGAAGAAGAGUCUGAAGCCAUUUCAAACUGUUUUUGGGAGGAUGACGGGUUGUCUUUGGAGGAAGUUAAUGCACUCUUUGACACUAGUCCUCUCCCUGAUAUUGAAUCGGUAUUGGGUUAUGAUGCUGGUCAGCUUUGGUUCUCUGCCAGUGAGACUCUGAAUAAUAUGGCAGCAGACACCUUCCAGAGUUAAUACGCAAAGGAGUAUUAGAAUUAUUAGAUUAGUGGAAGAUUUCACAUUUUUAGUUGAGGGGGAUAAUGAAAUGUUAGAUAGGAGGCAUAGCAGUCUUGGAUUCUUUUUGGCUGACUAAGCUGAUUCUUUCAGGGUUUUAGAUUGGGGAAUUGGCUUUUUAUUUUUUUAUGUAACAAUUAUACUACUUUAGGAUACAC